AUGACAUGCAAGCAUUACGAGGAGUACUACCUUCAGCGCGGCAAAAGACCGCGCAAGUUCAUUCCAUGUCGCAUGACGUUCAGAUCCAAAUCAUCAGGUCACUCCUGCUUCCUUCCCAUAUGUCCUGAUCCAUUUACACGUAUCUUCAAAGUUAAACUAUCGUCAUCACUUCGUCCCAUAUUCACGGCCAGUAUGGAUCAGAAAGAAUUGAUUGACUCGGUAGCAAAACUGAUGAAAGAAUGCGAUGAAUUUUUCACCACAUUCGAUCACAAGGCGGGAAAGGGCUUUCUAGCAUUUCUCGAACUUCGAGAUACGGUUGGGACUCAGCUUAAACCCUGGCCGGCGAUACAAAAGAGAAUCGAGAGAUGGCGAAUCAGGCAGCAACUAGGUUCAUUCAGACCCAAGGUAGAUGAUGUACUUAGAGCAUUGGAGCUUUUUGCAUCAACUCUCAGAGAAGGUGAGCCUUUAGCACUUCAAAAGUCAUCAGCUUACAGAAGUGCUGAUCUGAGUAAAAUAGUGUUAAAUGAGCUCCUCAAACUUGAGUCCUACGAAUAUGCACAGCAGGAGACGAUUGAAGAGUCGAAAAAGCUUGAGGGUGCUAUGAACCAUCUUCUGAAAUUAUUUCCCUCUUCCAAUUCAGAAGAGAAUGUCCUCCCGAACAACUCGGAACUUCAACUUAUUCCAUACAUGUACUCUCCCGACAACCAACUCUCCGAAGACUGA